GAGCCCACAACAGAAAGAGGAAGUCACCUCUGUGGAGCAGCUCGCAGCCGGUGAGAUUACCUGACAGUCAGGGGAGAGACCAGAGACUGGAGAGGAGACAGUCUGCUGCUUUCAGGGAACAUGACUAGAAACGGCAGCCUGAAGACACACGCUGGAAACAACGGCGUGAAAUACGAUUACAUCAAGAUUAAUGGCUAUCACGGCAAGAAGGAGGGGAGAGAGGGGAGAGAGAAAAAUGUCCCAGGGACCGGUGUCGCCUCCAGGCAGCAGAGACGGGAGUCCUUUGAACAGGCGCCCAUCUACGUGGCUGUCAUGACAUACGUGGGCUUCGGCAUUGUCACGCUCUUUGGCUACCUCCGAGAUUUCCUCAGAGCUGUGGGCUUAGAGAAGUGCCACGUCGCCCUGGAAAGAGAGGAACAGAAGGAUUUCGUUCCUCUUUAUCAAGAUUUUGAGAACUUCUACACUCGAAACUUGUACAUGAGGGUACGAGACAACUGGAACCGCCCUGUGUGCAGCCUGCCCGGACCUGUGUUCGACCUGAUGGAGAGAGUGUCGGAUGACUACAACUGGACAUUCAGGUUAACAGGGAGGACGUUACACGAUGUCAUCAACGUGGGCUCCUACAACUACCUCGGUUUUGCUGAGAACAACGCUGAUUUCCUGAAGACUGUGGCCGACAAAACGCGCCAGUACGGGGUCGGGGUCUGCAGCACGAGGCAGGAAAUGGGUAACCUGAGCAGCCAUGAGGAGCUGGAGCAGCUUGUGGCUGAGUUCCUCAGCGUGGAGUCCUCCAUGACGUUUGGGAUGGGUUUCGCAACCAACUCAAUGAACAUUCCUGCGCUUGUUGGCAAGGGUUGUCUGAUUCUAAGCGACGAGCUCAAUCACACGUCUCUCAUCUUGGGGGCCCGGCUGUCCGGAGCGACGAUCCGAGUGUUCAAACACAACAACAUGCACAGUCUGGAGAAGAUGCUGAGAGAAGCGGUCGUCUCUGGGCAGCCCCGGACCCACAGACCCUGGAAGAAGAUCCUCAUCAUGGUGGAAGGCAUCUACAGCAUGGAGGGCUCGGUGGUUCGGCUCCCUGAGAUCGUCGCUCUAAAGAAGAAGUACAAGGCGUACCUGUACCUGGACGAGGCCCACAGCAUCGGAGCGGUGGGGCGGUCGGGGAGAGGCGUGACCGAGCUGUUCGACGUGAACCCGGCUGACGUGGACGUGAUGAUGGGAACCUUCACCAAGAGCUUCGGGGCGGCUGGAGGAUACAUCGCAGGGAAGAAGGAGCUGGUGGACUACCUGCGCAGCCACUCUCACAGUUCAGUGUACGCAGCGGCCAUGUCUCCUCCUGUCGUCGAGCAGAUCAUGCGCGCCAUGAAAGGCAUCAUGGGAAAAGACGGGAGCACAGAAGGUAUCAGACGAGUCCGCCAACUGGCAGAGAACACCAGAUACUUCAGGGCCAGACUGAAGGAGAUGGGCUUCAUCAUCUACGGCAACGAUGACUCACCUGUUGUUCCGAUCCUGCUCUACAUGCCCGGAAAAGUAGUGGCUUUCUCUCGUGAAAUGCUGGCGAGAAAAAUUGGUGUAGUUGUCGUCGGCUUUCCCGCCACACCCAUCACCGAGGCCCGAGCUCGCUUCUGUCUCUCUGCCUCCCACACCAGAGCCAUGCUGGACCAGGUGCUGCACCAUCUGAACGAGGUGGGAGACUCCUUCAUACUCAAGUUCUCACGGCGGAAAUAUCCCUCCUGGUCUGAACUCCAGGAUGAGAAGGACUCUGAGCCGGCGAGUUGAUACGACCUUCGACCCCCCUCCCCGUUCAUUUUACCGUGUCAAAGCCGAGUCUGAGUUUCCACCCCACAGCAGACGGCAGUAAACACACGGUGUAGACGAAGAGCCGUGUCUGACAGCAGAGGACGGGGCCACAUGUUUGGCAGCUGCUUUUUAUGAAACACUGUGAUUUAACCAAACACUUAUUUACCAAAUGACCUCCUGAUUUACUUCUGGAUACGUUUAUCUGUGCUUAGAUUCACAAAACUGGAGCACAAGCAUUGCUGGAUCCGCCUCAAAGUCAAGUACUUAAAAAGCUUUUUAUAUUUGACCAAAAAUCACACGUUAAGAGUUUCCUCAAUGUCACUUCCUGUAAUUUAAAAACGUUUGAUCCAAAGACGCCUCUUCUUUGCUGGUAUUUUCAUAAGAUUAGAUAGAUAGAUAGAUUCCUGCAGCGUUAUCUGACAUGCUGACAGUUAAUGUUGUGAGAAAAUGAUGUACAGUGUCUGAGAGUUUGAUAACAGGAGUUCCUUGUUCUCCCUUUAUAUGAAGAAAUCCAGAGAUGUUGUGGCGUUGGUGUGAGCCUGCUGUUAUAAUUUUGGGUUUGCAGAUUUUUAUUGUUUUGUUUUUUAAUAAAACAGAAACUGAAAUAAAA